AUGAACAACAAGUACUAUUUCACCUUUGAAGCCAGAGGCUAUCCUGAAGAGGAAGAGUUUGGACAUCUAGGUUUCAUCAAGCCCUAUUUUAGCGAGGUUAACCCGGAUCGUCCUCUUGGCAGACCACUCAAUCACACUCAGAACCAAGCAACCCUCCUCCCAAUUCCCAAACUACUCCCAGCAAAUUGCCUCGACGAGGACCAGUACCCAUGGAACAUCCUUUGCUUUGGACCCGAUAGCUGCGACUGGGAUUGCCAGCGCCACUCACUCUACGAAGAUUUCAACGUAGCCGCAUACAAGGCACAGCGAUCUUCCAUUCUUGUUCACCGGGAUCCAUCAGCUACACAGAGCGCAAUGUCUACAGUGACAGGGACCUCGCUGCAGACAUCAUACCCGCCCGUCCUUCCCAAAGCGUUCAACGCAAAUCAACCUCGCACCAUCCGCCUCUUCCCUCUCAGCAACUACACCUUCGGCACCAAAGAACACCAGCCGGAAGAAGAUCCUUCGGUCCUAGCGCGUCUGAAGCGAUUGGAGGAGCACUACGACAGACAUGGCAUGCGCCGAACCUGCGAGGGCGUCCUAGUCUGCCACGAACACAACCAUCCACACAUUCUGAUGCUGCAGAUUGCGAACGCGUUUUUCAAAUUACCAGGCGACUACCUCCACGCCGAUGAAGACGAAAUCGAAGGCUUCAAAUCGCGUCUCAACGAGCGCUUGGCACCGUCUGGGACCCAGUUUUCAGGCGAGGGGGUCAAUGAUGAGUGGCAGAUUGCGGACACGCUUGCGCAGUGGUGGAGGCCGAAUUUCGAGACGUUCAUGUACCCGUUCUUGCCGGCGCAUGUGACGAGGCCGAAGGAGUGCAAGAAGCUGUAUUUUAUUCAGUUGCCGAAGAGCAAAGUCCUCAGCGUCCCCAAAAACAUGAAGCUCCUCGCCGUCCCUCUCUUCGAACUCUACGACAACACCGCCCGCUACGGUCCUCAACUCUCAGCUAUUCCGCAUCUACUGUCGCAAUACAACUUCGAAUUCGUAGAUGAGAAUGGAAAUGUGGUUGCGCAGACUCCAGGUGGUGAUCCGGGACCUCAGAGUGUCAAGGUUUUGGCGAACGAGCAAGACUUUGAGGAGACGAUGAACGGGGAUAUCAAAGAGGAGAAUGGAGUCAAUGGAGGGGGAGAUGGUCAGGAUGGCGCUCCUACGGCUCCUGCGCACGAGCAGUGA